AUGGAGGAAACACUAAAUUCAAGGAGACCUGGUCCUUCCCAUGAAAAGGUCGAGAACAAGAAGCAACAUGAUCCCGUUUCCCGGCCUGAGUAUCCUCGGGAAAAGCGCAAGAAUGAAGGCCCACCAGGGCCCCUUACUCGAUUAAACACAUCCAAGGCAAAUAUCUUAAUGGAGAUCAAAGAUAUGAAAGAAUUAAAGUGGCCUUCGAGAAUGAAGUCGCCCCCAGACACAAGAGAUAGGAGCAAGUAUUGUGAAUUUCACCGGGAUCAUGGGCAUACCACGGAAGAUUGUCAAGCCUUGCAGCGGGAGAUUGAAGCCAUCAUUAAAAGAGGACUCUUAAGAAUUACAUUGGUCAUGAUAAAUGCUCGAGGAAUGACCGUGACAACCGAAAAGAGCCUGAAGUCGGAAACAGUGCUCAACCCACUAUCGGGACCAUUAAUAUUAUUAUUGGAGGCAUAUCAUCUAGAGGAGACACAUGCUCAUACCUCAAAGGAAUUCCGUGAUAAACUUGAAGACAUUACCUUUGGAGUAAGAGAUUUGGAAGGAGUAUCAUAUCCUCAUGACGAUGCCUUGGUUGUCUGUGCAAUUGUGGCUAACUUUGAAGUAAAGAGGAUUCUGGGAUUUGGUGGUGGAGUUAUUAUCCCUGAGGGCAUCGUCGAGCUACCGUUUACAUUAGGUUCUGGUAAUAUACAAGUGACAGAGUUCACUCCAUUCCAAGUGGAUAAUACCCCUAUGGCUUACAACAUCAUUCUCGGAAGGCCCCUACUAAAUAAGAUCCAGGCCAUUGUAUCAACUUUCCACCUGGCCAUGAAGUUCCCAACAAGCCAUGGCAUCGGAGUACUCGGAGGGGACUAA